GUCACCAACUCCCACUUGCUUCCCAACAAGAAAAUAGAAUGUGGAAAUUUGGGUUUAUGCUAUUAAAAUAUUAAUAUCUUUCACAAUACAAGUAGUAGAGGGACUAUUUAUCUUCCUCCAAUUUGUCCUUUUGGAUCUCUCCUGGUCCAGGGAACAUUGUCUUACUUUUUACACUUUGACAUUUAGGGGGUCUAUCAUUGCAACUAUUAGUCUAUGAAAAAACUUUCUUCUUCAACUAAAGCCCAUGAAAGAAAUGGCUUACAUCUUUUAAUGUAAGGAGAAAAAGAAAAAAGAAAAGAGGAAAAAAAAAAGCCCCCUCCAUAUCAAAAGAUAGUAGAUUUACAGAAUAAACUAGCUUCAAAGAGAAGCUCACUGGUCAAAAGCCGCAUCUUUUUGCAGCCGUAUUCGUCGGUUUUAUGCAACACCAUUUUUAGCUCUCUGCUUUGUUCAGACUUUAUUAGCAGCAAAUGAAUGGCUACUUCCUGGAAGCUCUGACUUUUGCAAAAUGCAAGAAGCCAAGUGAAGCUUGGAAGCCUAAUUAGAAGUCUCAAAUAACCCCUUUGGUCUUUUAGACUAGUGGGUCUAUUUCGUUUCUUAAAACAUUUCCAUCUGACCACUCCACUUGUUCUGUUCUGGACUAUUUUGAGAUGGGAUUUGAAGGUGGUGGAGAUGGUAAAAUGCCAGGAUUGAAAGUGAUUCCAAAGCACAAGCGCUCUGUGAGUUUUCCUGAUAAGAAAGGAGUUGGGGGAGAUGAAUUGGAUUGUUCCAUGGAAGCAGCAAACCGUGCAAAACUGGAUGUGGGGAAGGUGAAAGACUGUAUUGCUACCAAGAAGCAAUCUCCUAAGGCAGAAGCGCACGACUCUUUGAAACAAGAGAUUCUACAUCUUGAGAAAAGAUUACAAGACCAAUUUCAGGUCCGCUGCGCUUUAGAAAAAGCAUUGGGUUAUAGAUCUUCAACCCUUGAUCAUACAGAUGACGCUGCCAUUCCCAAGCCAGCCACAGAACUAAUCAAGGAGAUUGCAGUGCUAGAACUGGAAGUUGUGCAUUUGGAACAAUAUCUUCUCUCCUUAUACCGGAAAGCAUUUGAUGGACAAGUAUGCUCUAUGUCUCCAUCAAAGGAUGAAAGGUUAAAAUCACCUCUUACUACCCCCAGAAGAAGGUUGUUUGAGAUCUCCCAACCUGAUAUGAUAUCAAAGGGGGAAAGUUCAGCUGUCCAAUCUGGUUGUCAGUUCCGUGGAAAUAUAUUGGAAGAAUCCAAUGGAAUUGGAGGAGAGGAGAAGCUUUUAGAUUCAAAUGUUCACCGUUGUCACUCCUCACUUUCGCAGCGUUCUGCUUUUUCAACUAGAGCUACUCCAACGGAUGAGUCUUUGGUUAAAGCUUUGCGUGCAUGUCAUUCCCAACCAUUAUCCAUGAUGGAGUAUGCUCAAAAUUCUUCAUCAAAUUUAAUUAGUCUAGCAGAGCAUCUUGGUACUUGCAUUUCUGAUCAUAUACCAGAGACACCCAACAGGAUUUCAGAGGAUAUGAUUAAAUGCAUGUCAAAUAUAUAUUGCAAGCUUUCAGACCCUCCCUUGACAAAUAAUGGCCUUUCAUCUCCCAAUUCAUCAUUGUCAUCAAUGAGUGCGUUUUCCCCUAUGGAGCAAAGCGAUAUGUGGAGUCCAGGCUUCAGGAAUAAUUCUUCUUUUGAUGUACGAUUGGAUAAUCCUUUUCAUGUGGAAGGACUCAAAGAGUUUAGUGGGCCAUACAGCACAAUGGUUGAAGUGCCAUGGAUUUAUAGAGAUAGUCAAAAGUUAGGUGAUAUCGAGGACUUGCUACAAAACUUCAGAUCACUAAUUAGUCGACUAGAGGAAGUUGAUCCAAGGAAGUUGAAACGUGAAGAGAAGCUUGCAUUCUGGAUCAACGUACACAAUGCUUUGGUGAUGCAUGCAUUUUUGGCUUAUGGCAUUCCACAAAACAAUGUAAAGAGGGUAUUUUUACUGUUGAAGGCUGCAUAUAAUAUUGGGGGUCAUACAAUCAGUGCAGACACGAUACAGAGUUCUAUCCUAGGUUGUCGUAUGUCUCGUCCUGGACAGUGGAUUCGCUUGUUGCUUUCUCCGAGAACAAAAUUCAAGACUGGAGAUGAACGACAAGCAUAUGCGAUUGACCAUCCAGAACCCCUUUUACAUUUUGCACUCUGUUCGGGAAGCCAUUCUGACCCUGCGGUUCGUGUAUACACACCCAAGAGAGUAGUACAAGAACUGGAAGCUGCAAAAGAAGAAUACAUUAGAGCUACCUUCGGCGUAAGGAAGGACAAGAAGAUUCUUCUACCAAAGAUAGUUGAGUCAUUUGCAAAGGAUUCAGGUUUAUGUCCUGCUGGUGUGUUGGAGAUGAUCCAACAGACAUUGCCAGAAUCUCUAAGGAAAAGUGUUAAGAAAAGUUUGCAGGCUGGGAAGUCCCGCAAGACCAUCGAAUGGAUUCCUCAUAAUUUUGCUUUCCGGUAUCUAAUCUUCAAAGAGUUGGUCAAGUGAAAAAUGUUUUGCAUGGGAUCUCUUCUGUUUUGAACACAUUCCAUUAUCUGCAUUGUUUCUGUGGUUUUUAUAACAGAAGAUUUUAUGUAUCAUUUUGUACAAAGUAGAAGAAAACAAAAAAGAAAAAAAAAAAAAAAGUAAAAUAGGAAAAGAAUGGUGCGUGCGAAAUCUGCGGCAUUUUUGCAUCCGUAUUUUGUAAUCUCCAUCCUAGGAUGUUAUGACAAUUUUUUGUGAUUGCUG